UUAGACUAUUAGAGUUCUAGUUGCCUUUAGUUCUGUUUUUUUCCCCUAUAGUUUGGGCUUAAAUUUAAGGUUUAUUUGUGGCCACAAUUUGUUAGUUUACUUUAUUUUGGGCUUGUUUUCGGCCUCUUUCAAUUAAAUCCCUAUCUGUUAAUUUUUAAUUUAAGGCUUAUAUGGCUCCGUUCAGUUCAAGUCUAUUUUUUAAGGUUUAAUUUAAGGUUCUUUUAGUUCUUGAUUUUUAAUUUAGGGUUUAUUUCUGACCGCUUCGGUAUAAGUGAUCUAUAUUUUUUAUUUUUGGCUUAAUUUUGGCCCUUUUCAAUUUUAACCCAAGUUUUUAAUUUAGGGCCGAUUUCUGGUCCCCUUUAGUUCACGUCUAUAUGUUUUAUAUUCUGGCUUUAUCUUUGGCCACUUUCAGUUUAAUUUAGUUCUUCAAUAUAAGCCUAAAAUUUUAAUCUAGGUCAUAGUAUCAAGUGUAAUUUAAAUUUUUAAAUUUUAAUUAAUGGCUUAUUUGUAUGAAUCGCAGUUUAUACUUUCUGUUUUCUUUAACUUUAAAUAUAACCACUAAAUUUUAAGUACCUUUUUUUUUUCUCCUUAGUAGUUUUGCAUCAUUUGCUCGAAUCUUCAUAAAGCCCAAUUGUAGUUGUAUUAAGUCAACUCCAAUGUAGUUUUAGUGAAGCCUGUUGUUUUGUUUUAGAUGUGUAAUUUAACCGGUUAAGUGUUAAAUAAUUGUACCUAAACUCUAUCAUCAAUAUAAAUGAUAUAGAUUUACCAACUAUGAUCAGCUUUGUUGUAGUGGUGCCCACAAAUGAGUUUAUAAUAAUAAUUAGGCGUGAGGAGGCAAAAGAAUUGAGAUUUGAGGAAGAUGGCAAAGGUGGAUCUCUCAAAGAUUAGUCUCCGGCCAUUCAAGAUAAGUGACGUUGACGAUUUCUUGUUAUGGGCAGGGGAUGAUCGAGUGACUCGAAACCUCCGAUGGAAGACGUGUGGUUCGAGGGAAGAGGCUCUGACCUUCAUAAGGGACGUUUGCAUACCUCACCCUUGGCGUCGCUCAAUCUGUCUCCAUCACCGUUCCAUAGGCUUUGUUUCGGUUUAUCCAUGGUCAGGUGAUGAUAGCUGCAAGGCUGAUAUAGGCUAUGCUAUUGCCACCAACUACUGGGGCCAAGGAAUAGCCACCAAAACUCUCAAAAUGGCAGUGCCUCAAGUGUUUAAGGACCUACCCCAUUUGCUAAGGCUCCAGGCUUUUGUUGAUGUUGAGAAUAGGGCUUCUCAAAGGGUGUUGGAAAAAGCUGGAUUCCUUAGAGAGGGUGUCCUCAGAAAGUUCACUUAUCUUAAAGGGGUUGUUAAGGAUCUUGUACUGUUUAGUUUUUUGUCAACUGAUGAAAUUAGUUCCGAAAAUAUUUGACCUUGUUUUAGUGCAAAUGAUGUAAAAUUUAUUGCAAUAUAUUUCUGCACCUAUCUACUGUAAAGAAUGUUUAAUCGUUUCCACUAAAUGAAUUCAGACAACUAUUCUCGUUUUGAAGUUUAGAUUGAUUCCUUCAUCAGAAGGUGUUG